UUGGCUGCCAUAUCGCUCAGUCUUAGACAACACAGCCACACUCUUUCAGUUCUCCUUCUACUCGUGAGUUUGUUUGCUGCUUGUAAAGGAAUUACAUAUUCAAAUCCGAGGGAGAAAGACAGAAAGACGCCAUGGAGGUGCUGGUGCUGAUCGACUUCGAGGGCACCAUGGGAGACGAGCUCACAGUGAGGACAGGGGAUGUGGUCAAAAACGUCACCAAGGCCAGCGAGGACGGAUGGCUGGAGGGGGAGCUGAGAGGAAAAAGAGGCAUCUUCCCUGCCAACUUUGUAAAGGAGGUGCCGGUCUAUUUGAUAGGUGACAGCAAGAGGGAGCCACGAAGCAUUAGAAAAACAAAGAGGAUGAAACAGACAAGGAAAUGCGAGGUGGCGUACACCUACAGCCCCGUGAAUGAAGAUGAGCUGAGUCUGGAUGUUGGGGAGACGAUAGAGAUCAUCAGAGAGAUUGAAGAUGGAUGGUGGAUGGGGGUGAAAAAUGGCAAAGUGGGAGCUUUUCCAUCAAAUUUCGUCAAAGAAAUUUUUGUUUCCCCGAAAGAUGGCAAGCACAGCGAGGGAAAGGCAAGACCCAAGCUAAGUGAUGCAGUGUUCAACAAAGAGAUAGCGCAAAGGACAAGUGUGAGGAACAAAGCAAGAAAUGUGGCAGAGUGCUGCCAAGUCAUGUUUGACUACAAGGCCAAAGCGAGUGAUGAGUUGGAUCUGAAAAAAGGAGACGUUGUUGUGAUACUGAACAAGGAAACAGAAGAUGAAGGCUGGUAUGAGGGAGAGCUAAACGGACGCUGUGGCUUCUUUCCAGAUAACUUUGUCAUGCUGAUUCCACCAAUGGACAGCCUGCAAUCUGGGACUGCAAGCCAACCGCCUGCACGCAACAUUAACAAGAAACUCUCAGUUAAGACAGACACCUCAGCGAUGGAGAAAGGUCCAGCAAAGACAACAAAAGAUGAUAAACCAGAGAGUAAGGACCUAAGAAGCAAUCCUCCAACCAAAGUCAAGCUUCCAACCCUCCACAAACCCAGCCCGCCUCCAGUCAAAGACAAACCCAACAAGGUUUUACCCAAUAGAACAAAUGGCGAUGUGGUUCCUGUUACACCAAAACACCCAGAGGAGAAAGAGACCAACCAGUUUGAUGGAGUUGAUGUGCAGACCGAAAAGCUGUGCCAUCCCACAGCAAACAGAGCCAAACCGCCACAAAGGAGACUACCAUCAGGCCUGGUUACAGCAGCACAAGCCCAGGGUGCCACUGACCAGACAGAACCAGAACUAUCGCCAAAAAAGUUUCAGACAGAGAAAUUACCUGGCCUGCAAAAGAGUUCAGAAAAUCUCCUGCCAUCGCCUGCAAAGCCUGAUCCUCGACCCAAGACACCGCCUCCAGUUAGACCAGCACCACCCAAACUAGUUGUGGAUGGCAGAACUGCGAGCCAUAAGGGAGAAGUAACUGUGGAGAGCCUGCAUGACGAGAUCAAAGAGCUGAGGAUGGCUCUGGAGCUGCUUCAGACACGACACGACCAAGACAUGCAGGAAGUGAAAGAAGAACUGAGGGAGGAGAGAAACAAACGAGUAGCCCUGCAGGAGGAAGUACAAAGUCUGAAGAUGAAGCAUUAAUCCCAACGCAGAUAGUGACUGGGCUGUCUGUCUGACACUGUGCCAUGUCGGCUGCAUUGCAAAUUUAAACAAGACAAACAUUUUUCUGACAUGGAAUGGGGACGGAGAAGACAAGUGAGCUUUCCCACUGCAGACUCACAAGCGAGGGCUAAUUUAAAAAGCAUAGUUGGACAUAGGAUCAAGCUAAUCCUGCACUGGACUGUAGAAACUUGAACCUCCAAAAGACUUUUAAUGUACUGUUUCAAUUUUUACAUAUUUGAAUGCUGGAAAUCACAAAUAUUGGUCCUAAGUGGGUUUGUUUUACAUUGUUCUGUUUCAACUGUCACAUUUAUUACUUUUACCAUAGAUUUUUCCUUACUUUUAACAUUUAUACAAGUAAUGCCACAGCAGAAUAUGUAAUAUAUGCAGCUGUACAUAGGAGGAAAUAUUGUGAUAUUAUUUGCAAAGACUUAAAUAUAGUUUUCAUCCAAAAGGGCAUUGUUACUUGAAAGUUAACACCUGAAAUACUACUGUUAAAAACACAGGCUAAAAUGCAGGUGAUUUUCUACAUCAGAAUGUAAUGCAGCUGUAAUCCACUCGGGGGCAGUCUAUGACAAUCAUACAUAAAGACAAGCGCUAAACUUUUCAGUUAAUGCUGAAUAGGUAGAAGUGAACAGGCAAUUGUGCCCUCACAUUAGAAAACAAACAACAGAUUUCAUUCAGACUAUAGCAACUGUGUUAAGAUUUGAAGAAACUAAUGUUAAUAGUUUGUGCUUCUAUGAAACAAAAUCUUAAAAAAUGCUUUUGAAAGGCCUCAGGGGUUAAGCAAGACCUUGUGGUCAGCCACAUUUUUUUGCCAUUAAGUGGAAAAGGCAUCCCGUGUCACUCCGAGAAAAACUGACUCACUCUGAAAACCCUGAACAUCAUGAGUCAUCGCAAUGGAUGCAGAGAACGUGGGAAGAGAAUUAUUGAGAAAUUCUCUGCACCCACCAUAAGGAGAGCUAUUUAACUUGACCCUGUCAUCAUCAGAGUUAGGAGUAUAGAUUUGGUUUUGGCUCUGAAUGGUAGUGGUGGUAGUGGUAGUGUUAGUAGUGUGCUCCUGUCUAAGCCCACUAGUAUUGCCCCACUGUAGAGCACAUCUGGAAGACAUCUGGAACUCAUCUGGGACUGGGUGCUUCUGAAACUUCCAUGGGAACAUACUAUUUUUAAAAACUGUGUUGAAUAACGGUCAUUAAGGGCACAUUCCCUCUCGGACAAGGGGUGAAAUAAAUGAAACUAAACAAA